AUGUCAUCUUCAGAAACAUACAGCUUGCCUCCAGUCUCUGAAAAGAAUGCAUUAGAACUGGAGAUUCCUGUAACAAAUGAAAUACCAACAAAGGAUGACAUUACAAAGGCAGAGGAUGAUGAUCCUUACAAAUUACCGGAUCUGCCUGAUAACAAUGAAAAAUGGAAAGAUAUGUCAACCAGAGAACGAAUAAAAUGGUUCAUCACAUCAUUUGGAAAAACAAUAGGAUUACUGGCUCUGCUUUAUACCUUUGUAUGUACCCUGGACUUUCUUAGUUCUGCUUUUCGUCUCCUAGGAGGAAAAGCUGUAGGAGAGGCCCUUAGUAGCAGUGUUUUAGCUUCCAAUCCAAUAGCAGGAUUAAUGAUCGGAGUCCUGUCAACAGUCCUGGUUCAGAGCUCAUCUACCUCCACCACAAUCGUGGUGUCUAUGAUCUCAGCGGAUAUUAUAACGGUCAAGCUAGCCAUCCCAAUUAUAAUGGGAGCAAACAUUGGAACAACUGUCACUAAUUAUAUCGUUGCUAUGGGACAAACUGGUGACCGGAACCACUUCAGAAGAUCGUAUGCUGCAGCAACUGUCCACGAUAUGUUUAAUUGGUUGAAUGUAUUACUACUACUUCCGAUAGAAGUGGCAACUGGGUACUUAUUUCGCCUUUCUCAAGCCAUUAUAGACAGUCUACCGCAUAGUAAUGGAACCGUAAAUGAACCAGAUUUUUUGAAGGCGAUCACAAAACCAUUUACGUCUUUUAUUGUAUCAAUAGACUCGGGAGUAAUAGCUAAAAUAGCACAGGGUAAAGAUGAAAACGUAACAACUAUGAUGAAAGGAGGAGUGGUAAAGGAUAUAGGAUGGAAUGACACUAACACCGGAAUACUGCUACUGGUAUUGUCUUUAGUUGUUCUGUGUAUUUGUUUAGUCCUCAUUGUUAAACUCUUACACUCUGUUUUGAGUGGUAAAAUCGCGAAGAUUAUUAGAAGAAUCGUUAAUGCCAACUCUAAAGGAUGUUUAGGAUUUCUGACCGGACUUCUGGCAAUACUGAUCGGUGCAGGAUUAACCUUCCUGGUGCAAAGCAGUUCUAUUUUUACAUCUGCAUGUACCCCGUUAGUUGGACUAGGGAUAAUUCAUAUCGACAGAAUGUAUCCAAUGACCCUUGGUGCUAAUAUUGGAACAACUGGUACUAGUUUAUUAGCAGCAUUUGCUUCCGCCGGAAGUGGUAAUUUUGACAAUUCUUUACAAAUUGCUUUAUGUCAUUUGUUUUUCAACUUGACCGGGGUCUUUGCUUUUUACAUUAUAUAUCCAAUGCGAAAACUUCCGAUCGGUGCAGCUAAGUAUAUGGGUAACGUUACUGCAAAUUACAGAUGGUUUGCCCUUGUUUAUCUUAUUUCAAUGUAUUUCCUGUUUCCUGGUAUAGUUUUUGGGUUGUCUUUAGCUGGUUGGAGAGUUUUGCUUGGUAUUGGAGUGCCCGUAAUAAUUCUAAUACUAUUUAUAAUUAUCAUAAACAUUAUCCAGUGGAAGGCACCUGGAAUUCUACCGAAAAAACUACGGACAUGGGACUUUCUACCAGCUGCUCUGCAUUCACUUGAACCAUAUGACGCAAUUUUUAUUUCAAUCAAAGACAAACUGCCAUGUAAGAACAAAAAUGUUGACUCUUCUUACGACCAAGAUGACCAACCUCCAGUUUAUGUAAAGACAAUUUCUUGA